CUGAAGGUCGCGUUAUUUUGUCUGCGCGGCACAGUUAUUAUUAUGCUUAGGGCGGCCCGCUUUGCAGUUACUGGAUACCGGUGCCUCCAGGCUCGUUCCAUGUCUGUGUCGUUACAGGUGUCCCCCGGCCGCUGCCUUUAUGACGAGCCGCUGAGCGUGACGGUGUCUGGUCUGAACCCCGGGCAGGAGGUCACGCUCCAGGCGGCCCUGACUGAUGAAGGUGGAGAAACCUUCACGUCACUUGGCCGAUACAGAGCAGGCAACCACGGUGAAUUAGAUCUGAGCCGCUUCCCUGCGCUUGAGGGUGGCAGCUACGUCGGAGUAGAACCUGAGGGGCCUCUAUGGGCCAUGCAGCCCCGGACUCCCCACAGAAGGUUUAUCCGAAAGAACGUGCAGGCUCCGCUCCGGCUUCAGUUCUCCUUGUACGAGGCCCACAAGCCGCUCGGACCUCUGUUGGCCACGGCUGCCCAGGACAGAGCCUUUAUGAGUGAAGGGGUGACCCGGAGCCCAGUACGUGAAGGCAGAGUCAGGGGCAGCCUCUUCUUACCUCCCGGAGCAGGCCCAUAUCCUGCAAUCAUUGACCUAUAUGGAACUGGAGGAGGUCUUGUGGAGUACAGAGCCAGCCUCCUGGCUAGCCAUGGCUUUUUAACUAUGGCUUUGGCAUAUUUUGACUAUGAUGACCUCCCAAAAGGUUUUGAAGGAUUACAUUUAAGCUACUUCAGGGAAGCAGUGGAAUUUUUAAGAUGCCACCCAAAGGUUAAUAACCAAGAGAUUGGCGUUAUAGGUAUCUCAAAGGGGGCUGACUUGGCACUCUCAAUGGCAACAUUUCUUCCUGGGAUCAAGGCAGUUGUCAGUAUCUCUGGAUGUAAUGCCAGCUCGUUUGCAUCCUUAAACUGUGAUGACUUUAUCCUUCCAGGUUUGGGGUUUGAUGUUGAGAAGAUAAAAUUUACAGAAUCUGGUAUACUGGAUUUUUCUGAGGCCAUGAAUGAUACACAUGACCCAGCAAAUGAAAAGUGCCUCAUACCAGCUGAAAAGUCUUCUGCUGCCUUUCUCUUUCUGGCAGGAUUAGAUGAUAUGAACUGGCCUAGUGCCGUCUAUAAUAAACAGAUUGUCUCACGGCUUGAAGAACAUGGCAAGGAAGUUGAAUUUUAUUGCUACGCCGGAGCAGGCCAUUUACUAGAGCCGCCUUAUUUCCCAUUGUGCCGGGCAUCUAACCAUAAACUUCUGGGGGCACCAAUACUCUGGGGGGGACAAAUCCUCGGCCACACAAGGGCACAGGAGGAUGCAUGGCAGAAGAUCCAGUCUUUUUUCUCUAAGCACUUAAUACCACAUAAUUCAUUAUAUAGUAGACUUUAGGAAAUGUAUUCCCUAAAUCCAUAGCAAAUACUCUGUAAAACAACUCACUCGCCGAUCCCAUAAAAAUAAACCGAUGUAAGCCUUAAAAAGACAUAAAACACAAAUGUUUCUUUCUUUUAAGGCUUCAGAUAUAAUAUAUUAUUUUAAACAACUUUCUAAAAUCAAAUUUUCUUGUUAUCCUAUGUUAAAAAGCAGGAAGGUCAUUUCAGGAGCAUGCGCAUGUCUGCAGCAGUAUAUGGCAGCAGUGAACACUAGAGGGCAGCACUGUUUCCUGUCAUAUAGUGCCCCAGACAGUGCACACAACCUAUAUAGAUAUCUCUUCAACAAAGAAUAACAUGAGAAUGAAGCUAAUUUGAUAAUAGAAGUAAAUUGGAAAUUGUAUUCUUUAUCUGAAUCUUGAAAGAAAAAUGUUUUGGUUUAUGUCCCUUUAAAAUCCAUGUUGGCUUAAAGGGAUAUCAAACCCAAAAAUGUUCUUUUGUGAUUCAAACAGAUCAUACAAUUUUAAAAAGUUUCCAAUUUAUUGCUAUUCUCAAAUUUGCUUUGCUCCAAAUAGUAUUCUUUUCUGAAGAGAUACCUAGGUAGGAAUCUGGAGCACUACAUAGCAGGAAAUAGUGCUGCCAUCUAGUGCUCUUACAAAUGGAUAACAUUCUUGCAAAACUGUUGCCAUAUAGGGCUCCAGACAUGUGCAAACACAAAGAGCUUACCUUCCUGCUUUUCAACAAAAGAUACCAUGAGUACAAAGAACAUUUGAUAAUAGACAUCAAUUAGAAAGUUGUUUAUAGUUGCCUGCUCUAUCUGAAUCAUGAAAGAACAUUUUUGGAUUUCAUAUCUCUAACCCCUCUCCCCCAUGUAGUGCGGGGAGAGUUAAGCAGGGAGUUGGUUUCUAACAUGAGUAUAUUGUUUUGCAAGUGAGCUACAAGGUCGCCACAGGGGGAAAAAACUUUACCGUUAGGUUCUAAAAAUAAUGGAAUAUGCACUGAUUUCUAUGAAAAUAAGGAUCUUUCAAUUCUGGGAAGAUCCCAGUAUUUUAGUACUGUUGUUUUAUAUAUUAUAAUCCUUCACUUGAAUUACUUAAUGAAGUAUAAAGAAUUAUUCUGAUAUGAAUUUGCAUUAUGUAUUGUUUUCAUAAAUUAAAAAUAACAGUAGUAUCUAAACUUGUUAAAGUGACUGUAAUGAACAUUAUAUCAAAAGCCUUUUGUUUUAAAUCUGUUUAAUUUAUGGACAAUAUCCUUAUUAUUUUUUUUUAAUUAAUCAAUAAAUAAUACCCUUACUCUGCCA